AGAACAGACGAGUUCUGAGCGGUUUUGGUUGAUUGCGCAAUCACCAACUGCAAAAGUUACACAUGCAUUGCACCAGACGCGAUUUCUACUGCGGUUUACGUGGACUUUAUAUUCAUGUGUAUUUUUAUUUGUAGUCACUAGAAAGUUAUUCAUUCUAAUAUUACAUUCAGUAUGAUUGGAUCUUGUAGAGCUCGUUCAGUCACCAGUGGGUAUCUGAAAAGCCCUGCUUUCUUUCCAAAAAAGACAAAAAUGUUGCAUCAGACAUGCCACAUUACCGCGAGGCCUAUGUCCACGGACAUGACUGACUUGGAAUGUAGGCCUAGGCCUACUCGUACUUCUCAGUUUAUGGUUGUUGGCCUUGGCAAUCAUUCAAUGCCGGAAACCAGACACAGCGUUGGCAUGGCAACCAUAGACCGACUGUGCAGACGGCUGAAAGGUACAUGGAAUAAAGACAGAGACUGUCAGGGUGACAUUGCCGUAGCAACACUGGCAGACCAGCACCAGAUCAUUCUUCUCAAGCCACGCCUACUCAUGAAUAUUAAUGGGAGAAGUGUUAUCAAAACAGCAAGGAAGUACCAAGUUGCCUCCCGUAAUGUGUAUCUUCUACAUGAUGACUUAGAUCGCACAUUUGGAAAGUUCAAUAUCAAGGAAGGAGGGAGUGCAGGAGGGCAUAAUGGCGUAAAAUCUGCCAUUUGUGCAUUGGGAACAGAUGUAAUGCCAAGACUAAAGAUUGGUAUCGGCCGGCCAACCAACAGGAAUGCGGUGACUGACUACGUUCUCAGUGGGUUUAGUAUCCCAGAGAAGGAGUGCCUCUCUCAAAUAUUGGACGAGUGUGUCCAGACAUUAAUAGAUCACAUGGUCAAAAAGGCUGAAAAAACCUGAUACCACAGUGCACGGUACUGCCAUUUAACAGUGAACAAGCGGAGUUGAAAACCAGUGGAUGAAUACCAGUCAUGUCUGGCACCCAGUGCAAGUACUGCAGCUAUUGGGGGUUUACCUGUUCGUAGCCUGUCGUUUUGGCAUGACUAGAUGUCCAGACAUUAAUAGAUCACAUGGUCAAAAAGGCUGAAAAAACCUGAUACCACAGUGCACAGUACUGCCAUUUAACAGUGAACAAGCGGAGUUGAAAACCAGUUGAAAACCAGUGGAUGAAAACCAGUCAUGUCUGGCACCCAGUGCAAGUACUGCAGCUAAUGGGGGUUUACCUGUUCGUAGCCUGUCGUUUUGGCAUGACUAGAUGGUUAAAACCUGAUGAAAGAGCCUUUAGGUUCACUCUCUUCUGGAAGCACCUGUAACAGAGGUGCAUGUUGGGAGGAGUUUUCUUAUCAACCACAGUUAGUUGUUAUGGAAUGGUGCAUUUUCUUGAGGUUGGAGAGGAGCCAGAUUAUCCAAUGCCUUGGACAAAAAUCAGGGGCCAACAAAGAAAAAUUCAACAGCCACUUGAAACAUUUUAAGGCUUCCAAAAAAUCGAAACUGUGCCACAUUCACCACACAUAAAUUAGUAUAUUAUGUGUUCAUUUCACAAUUUUAAAUAUGGGAAGUGGUUUGUAGUUACACCACACUGCACGAAAAUACAUGGUAUUCUGAAUUACCCUGGGAAUCAAUAUCAAAAUAAAGAUAAAAUGCCGGAUUUCUUGUUUUAUUAUCAGAUGCCUGUUGGAAAAACUCUACUUUAACUUACGGCACUUUGGCAAUAAACCCACGCAAAGUUAGCAACACUGUGCUCAACACAUGAACACAGGGUAACUGUGAGUCGCCCAUUAGCACUGUUUUAUAGUUGCUUAUGACUGCACUAAAAUAAAGUUAAUUUACGUGACAACUCA